CAGCUGCAGAGAUCAGCAGGGCCUACAGGAGGACUCAUCAUGAAAAACUGUUAGAGUUCAUAAUAAAGGACCAUGGAGCAGAUGAUCACUUGCUGGCUGUUGUAUCUCGUAAGGUAUCGUCCAAAUGGUUAACAAAUUAUGAAAAUCCUAAAGGUCACCAGGUAAUGACUUAUAUAGAAGAUGAGGAGGUGAUAGAUGGCCUCUACAACUUCUUGGAUGAAGUGCUGUCAAGAGCUGUAGGCACUUUUGAGAGGAUUGACAGAGUUCACAUCAUUCUGGAUGUGCUGAUGCCAGAGGCUCUUAUUAAAGCUAAACAAACAGUUGAGAGGAUUUCUCUGCCAGAGGCAGAACAUCUGUUCAUCGAUGGACCAGCAUACAGUGAGUGUGAGAGGGAAGAGUUUGACAAACUGUACUUGUUCUGCAACAGUUGGAAGCUCAAGGAAAGCACCACUGAGGCAUUUAAACUCGGGAUUACAUCUCAACCCGACUCAAAUAAAUGUGUCUCUUUCUUUACUUCUCUUUUGCCUUUUUUAUUUCUGUGUGUUAAAAUGACUGUGCAUACUAGAGUUGUAUAUAUUUAAUGUAACUAUUAAUGUAAAUA